UCUGGGAAAGGAGGUGGUUCGGAGUUACGCUAGUUAGCUGUUGUUGUUGUCGCUAGUAUCGUCGGUAGUCAACAUUUCAAAGUCCAGGUCCAAAUCUUCCAUGUCUGAACCCAAGUCCACAGAGUCCCUGGGUUCUGGCUGUGGUGUUCCAGCCCAGAGAAGCUCACAGCAGGGUCCAGAGAUGGUGUCAGUGAAGCUGGAGGACUGCAGUCAAACACUGGAACUCAAUGUGAUUGUCAAAGAAGAGCCAGAAGUCCUAGAGGAAGAGAUGACUGUCAAAGAGGAGGCGGCGGAGGAGGAGAGAGCAGUCGGAGAGGAGGAGAGAGCAGUCGGAGAGGAGGAGAGAGCAGUCGGAGAGGAGGAGAGAGCAAUCGGAGAGGAAGAGGAGGAGAGAGCAAUCAAAGAGGAAGAGGAGGAGAGAGCAGUCAAAGAGGAAGAGGAGGAGAGAACAGUCAAAGAGGAAGAGGAGGAGAGAGCAGUCAAAGAGGAAGAGGAGGAGAGAGCAGUCAAAGAGGAGGAGGAGGCAGAGGAGAGAGCUGUCAAAGAGGAAGAGGAGGAGAGGACAGUCAAAGAGGAAGAGGAGAGAGCUGUGAAAGACAGAGAGGAGGAGGAGAGAGCAGUCAAAGAGGAGGAGGAGGAUAGCAGAGAAGUGUCUGAUCCAGAUCUGGAGGAAGAAGUAGAUAGUAUCACUGACCCAGGAGAGAUCUCCAACCCAGGUUCAGACAGUGAGCCCAGUUCCACAGCAUCAGGAAGCCAUAAACAACACAGACGGAGGAACUCAAGACAGAAACAUCACCACUGCAUGGACCGACCCUGCUCAGAUUCUAGAGGCAGUUUUGUGUGUCCAACUCACCUCAUACCACGCAAAAAGACCCUCAAAAGAAAGAAAACGUACCCGUGUGGUCAAUGUGGGAAGAGAUUUCAGACACCAAGCAGCUUGAAGACGCACCAACUUACUCACACAGGACAGAAGUCGUACCACUGCUCCCAGUGUAGGAAGACUUUCAGUUGUUCGUUCAAUUUGAAGAGGCAUCAGAGAAUACACACAGGAGAGAAGCCUUUCCACUGCUUCCAAUGUGGGAAGAGCUUCCGUAUGGAAGGACAGCUAAACGAACACAAGAGAAUACACACAGGAGAGAAGCCGUACCACUGCUUUCAGUGUGGGAAGCGCUUUGGUCGGGCAGGAGCUCUAAAGGCACACCAGCUAAUUCACACAGGAGAGAAGCCGUACCACUGCUCUCAGUGUGGGAAGAGCUUCAGUCAGGCAGGACACCUGAAGACACACCAUCGAAUUCACUCGGGAGAGAAGCCAUACCACUGCUCUGUUUGUGAGAUGAGUUUUCCUCUUUUACAGACCUUAAAUAGACACCAGCUUACUCACACAAGAAAGAUGCCUUAUCACUGCUCCCAGUGUGGGAAGAGCUUCAGUCAAACAGGAAGCCUGAGGGCACACCAGUUAACUCACACAGUAGAGAAGCCUUACCACUGCCUUCAAUGUGGAAAGAGUUUCAGUCAUUCAUCAAAUGUGACGGCCCACCAGUUAACUCACACAGGAGAGAAGAAUUACCACUGCACUCAGUGUGGGAAGAGCUUCAGUCUGGCAAGAUACCUGAAGAAACAUUGUCAAACGCACACGGGAGAGAAGCCUUACCACUGCCCUCAGUGUGGGAAGAGUUUCCGUCAGUCAUCACAUUUGAGGGCACACAAGUUAACUCACACAGGACAGAAGCCCUGUACCGCUUCUCUCAGUGUGGGAAGAUCUUCAGGCAGACACCAGACUUAAAGAGACACCAGCUAAACGUGGACACGUUUUUAUCCCGAUCUACAGGCUCCAGAUCAGAUCUCGGCCCAUUGACUGUUCCUAGGCCGUCAUUGAAAAUAAGAAUUUGUUCUUAACUGACUUGCCUAGUUAAAUAAAGGUAAAAUGUAUCUACAGGCUCUUACGACCUCACAAUAAUUUAACAUGUUGAAUAUAUUGGGCCUCAAAUCAACCAUUAUUGCUGAGUGCGAGCAGUGCUCAGAGCACUUAUGAGGCACGUCCCACCGUCAGCCAAUCAGCUCCUCAGAAAGCUAACGUUGGCUAGGCUAAUAGCUAACGUUGGCUGGCUGACUCGCUUGCUGGCUAAGAUAAUUGCAUACAGCAAACAUUUUCAGAUAAUUGGUUAGAUGGAAGGGCUGGAUAUUGAUGCACGGACCGGUUUGGGUUUUUACUUUACAUUCUAUGUCGGCCGUCAAUGUAAUUAAGAAUUUGUUUUUAUUGGACUUGCCUAGUUAAAGACACGUGUUGUUUCUGGUCCACCAGACACGUGCGCAUGGUCAAUGCAGCACACGCAACAAUAUCAAUACACUUCUAGAAUGUACCCUUCCUUUUGUUUCUUACAUCUGCAAACAACUGGUUUGUCUUUUCUUAGCGAGUUGCAUGAAUAUAUUAUCUACAUGAAGUAUCUCCUCCCUGGCAUUUUCAUUUGUUGUCAUGUCAACCAACACUGUAUUCAAAAUUCCCACUUAUUUAUAUUAUAUUUCCAUGAUUUCAACAGUUUGGCCCCCCAAGUGUUUUGAUCUAAAUUAGAAGUCAAAUCGCAAUUACAUUUGGUAAAAAUAAAUCCUUGAUUUUUUGGGGGCCAAUAUCGUGCAGCCCUGCGUGGCAGUGUGAAAAUAAUCACAAAUUAGUGCAGGAAAUGAAGACAUUGAUGGAAAUGUAGGAAAUUGUAUUUGUUUAAAGUUGAAUUGUACAAUAUAAAACAAUAAGAAUGGAGAA